CAGAUAAAUGAAAACUUGUAUUUCUUCACUGUAUAGAAUUUUGGAAUUCUGUGCAUUUUGAGCACUCACUGACUUCCUUGCACCACUAAAGCGAUUAGUUGCUCCAUUCAGUCAAUCACCACUGUACAACAGAAGAAGUAACUGACUUGACCAAGCUAUGUACCAACGCUUCUCUAGUAUGCUCUUUGGAAUGAUUGAUCAUGCUGAAAAUGACAGCCAGGAACCUGAGCUUUGUGAGAAGGAGGAUGACGAAUGGAUUCUGGUCAAUUAUAUAGAUGCUUGCACUGAAUUGUCUAGAGAAGAAUUGGAUGGCAUAGACAGAGAAGGCUCUCCAAAAUCAGCUAUUUUCUCUUCUUCAACCUCUUCUCUUGAGUUGCUCGGCAAUUGCAGUGACCCUUGCUUUCUUCAGCUUGACUCCUGUACUUUGGAGGAGAGCUGGUUCAUUACCCCUCCCCCCUGUUUCACUGCAGGUGGCCAUGCCCCAGUGCAGGUGGAGACCAGUCCAAUGGAAAAUCUUCUUAUUGAACACCCCAGCAUGUCUGUAUAUACAGUGCACAAUGUCCGAAGCAAUAUGAGAGAGAACAGCAGGUCUGUUGAAUAUGAGAAAGAAACUAUCAGAAAUGGUAAGGCACUGGAUACUGCAAAGGCUAUUGGCCUGGACAACAUUCCAGAAAUAGUACUGAAGACUCCAGAACCUGCUCUGCCCCUACUCAAGCUGUUCAACAGUGGCAUCUACCUGACAAUGUGGAAAAUUAUCAAGAACUGAAACCCCUAGCAGGGUAGGCCACCAUAUUCGCUGCUAUGCAGCUACUCUGGCCACCCACAGCAGUUUCGUAGAACAAGCCAAUCAGGUUCGUCAUGUUCAACGUGGUAAAGAACAUGGUGCAAAACACCUCAUUAACCGCAACAACAUUCGCCGCCAAAACCUUAUUAGAGAGUGCAACUCUCGACAAGCUAAGCACAAUGGACACAUUCUACACCAACCUUGCCAGCGCCAGUAUAAUUACUAAUUGUCAUUGCAGUUUCAAUUUUUAAAACAAUGUUUUUUGUUGUAAAUACUGUAUGUACAUGUAACUUUUUUAUAGGAUUUCGUAUUUAACAAAAUUAGGAAUCAUUAAUCACUUGGAGUAUUUUAGGGUUUCUAUUCUACUUUCUGGGUGCUUUAAAAUCAGUAUCACCAAAUGCCUUGCUCUGAAUGAUAGGAUUUUACUCUUAAAACCUAUAAAUCUCCUUGCAAUCUUCUUCUUAUAUAGGGUUCGUUUGUUUGUUAAGAAUUCCAUCUCCAAAUGAAGAUCCAUUUUGUCUGUGCAAAGUAUUUGUAUUUGUGUGUGUACAUGUGCAAGGUAUUGCUAUAUUAUUAAACAUGAAUGCUGUCAACAUAAUCAAUAACAAAUGUUGCCUGGGAGAUGGAGUGAUUCUUUCAGAUGUGAUUUGUUAUGUGAAGUGAAAUUUAUCUUAUUUCACAACACAGAUUCUCAGGGACAGUACAUUCUAUAUUUUUUUCUAAAUAUCUACAUGACAGCAAGGAAGUCUUAUGUAAAUGCAUACUUCAUUUUUUUUAGAAACAGACAUUUUACGGAUUGAUGGCAUUAACAUUGCUCCACGGUAUUUAUAAAUAAUCAAAGAUUUUGGGGCUACAUACAUGACUUCCCUCUUGGUGGCAGUUUGAAUAUAUCUAAAAAUGUUAUACUUCUAGGUUAUCCAUGUUUUCCCCCUAAUAAAUUUACUGUAGCUUUGACAUGUUUUGAUGAUGAAUGAUACCUUAGUGCUCUGUAUUUAAAUGAAGGACUUUCCCCUAACUAUAUUCUGGUUUUCAUAUUUUACAGAAUAAUGGACCUGCCUUGGUUAUAAAUUCUUUCCAUUUAAUUAUAUAUUUCUGUCCCAUUUCCUAAAGGCUUUCCUGCGUUUUGUUUUGGAGAAAUGUGAUGUUUUGAGUAAGUGGGGUUCUGGUAGCUGCAGAGGCAUCAUUUUCCCAAUCUGGAUCUUUUCCUCAAGUUCAUUUUUAAUACUGCAGAGCAUAUCAAAUAAUAAACAAAUGUCUGUCCAUUAUUCCAUUUUUAGGAAAGCUUUAUAUAACAAGAUUUACUCUGGAUAAGCACCUUGAAGAAAUAGAUUGGAAAAUUAAAAUAAAUAACUUAACUCUAGUUAAUUAACUUUUAAGGUUUGCAUGCAAUAAUAAACAAGAAUAUCUAACGAAAUUUUUAAUUGAUUAGCAAAUUAUCCAACCAUGGCUCAGGAUUUGUUUUUAAAGUUGCAAUUACUUUCAUACAUCACUGUUUUCACUACAGAUAGAGGAAACUUUUAAAACCAUGCUGUCCAGCAAAUGUUAUAAAAGGCCUCAUUAAUGCCUCUUGGGUUGUCCAAGAAACUGAGUUAAGAACCAAGUCCACCUUUUGAGAGUGCUUUGUAAAAUGCAUAAACAUCAACACUGGUGAAAAAAAGCGAUAAAAUAUCUCCCUUUUGCAAUUAUUUUGGAUAUUGAUCACUGAUAACAUUGUGGUAGACUCUAAUUGGAUAUUUGAUGAAAUGCUUGCAGAUGUUUUAUGCUGUACAGAAAAUUCUGUAGUUGGACAUUUCAGGUAAUGUAGCCUAAGCAAACUGUUAACUGCUUUUGAUGUUGUACAGGUUGAUGACAUUUGACUGAUUUAGUUUGUUUUUGUAAAAACGUCUUUGUACAUUGUUUCAUCGGGAGUUGAUUACAUUCAUUGUGAUGAGAUUAAAACAAUAGAGAAAACCUAAAAACAAUUGAACAAAGCUUGUACGUGUUACUUCAAGAAAGUGUAUGUUACAAAUAACGAUAUUAAGCUGUAGCUUUGGAUUGCUGAAUAUUUGAACAGGGAUUCAUGUUUGGUUUUGUUCUAUAUGUGCCUUCCAGUGUAAAUUCAUUACAUUAGCAAAUUGUUUUGUGUUACAUGUGAAGAAGAUAUGAAAGAGCCAGAUGAUGUAAAUAUGACAAACAAUGCAACUAUGCACAGGAAGGAAUUUGUUUGUGGAGUUACUUUGUAUAUUUUAUAUUCAUUUGAACCAGAUAAUUGAUGAGAGAAAGCCUGGAGAUAUUUUGACUCAUUUGGGACUUUAUGGCCAUUCAACUGACUGGCAUCAUUAUCCAAUUUGCAGAAUAAAUACAGCACUUUGCCAAAUAAGUGUGUCAACUUUAUAGACUUGUAGAAUUAGUGAUAUAAUUUUAUUUACUAAUUUAGUAUAUACCUAUUUAUUAGUGAAUCCAAAAUGUUAACUAGUGCAGAUUGCACUGUGAAAUUGUGUUUUUUUAUAAAAUGAAUAUUUUCUUGUUAUCUCUCUAUCCACAUAACCGGAAUAUGUUCUUUGUUUUAUGUUCUAAUAAUUGUUUAUUUCUUUCUUGUAUUAAAUGUGGAAAUGUUUAAUUUGUCAAUAAAUGUAAUAAUUUGA